AUGGCGCUUAAAACGAGCACGGCAGACAAAUUAGAAGAUGAAGAAGAAGAAGAGAAGAAGAGAGGAAGUGGACGAGGAGGGGAGGAUCGCCAGUUACGGCUGCAAAGCCUACGAGUGCCUACAAGUGCCUAUAGCCCACGGCCUACAGCCCUUCCUACUCCCUUGGAUAUGAAGAUGGCUCAUCUACCUUCUAGCGUCCGUCUAAAGCUUACCCUAGACGCCCACUGGUCUGGUUCAGCAAUAUGGCAAGACACGGAAGACUCCCUCAAUCCACCGGAAUUGCUCUGGAAAUGCAUAAAUGAAACGUCUACCACCCUAUAA